AUGUUUAAUUUAAACUUUUCAGCUAAAAUUAAAGAAGCUGAAGAACAUAUAAGACAAGGUGAAAAAUAUAUGAAAACAUCAUUUCUUAAACGGAAACCAGAUUUAGAUUCAGCUAUUGAUGAAUUUGAUAAAGCAUGUACUUGUUAUCGUGUAGCUGAAAGAUAUGACCAAUGUCGAGAUUUAUCAUUACGAUUAGCUGAAUUACAAAUACAAAAAGUUGAAGUUUCUGAAAAACAAACGGAUGCGAUAGUUUUCAAAGCUCCGAAGAUUUUAUCGCAACUAUUUCAAAGAGAACUCCAUUUUUUUGCGGGUAAAUCUUAUGAACAAGCAGCACAAAUGACACUACAAUUACAAGAUUUGCCAACAGCAGCUAAAUAUUACGAUCGAGCAGGACAGUUAUAUGCUGAAGGAGGUUAUCGUGAUUCUGGUGCAAUUCUUUAUGAACGUUGUGCACCACAAUUUCAACAAAUAGAUCGUUCUAUUUCAAUUGAUUUUUAUCUUAAAGCAGCACGUUUAGCUGAACAAGAAGAAAAAUCUUAUCAAGCAGCUGAUUUAUAUGAAAAAGCUGCUAUGCAAGCAAUACGUAUGGGUAAUUUUCCACAGACAACUGAAUUACUUGAAACAACAACAAAUAUUCUUACAAAAUUAGAACGAUAUGAUCGAAUUAAUCGUGUUAUACUAUAUAGAAUAUUACUUAAAUUAUUUAAUGAAGAUAGUGUUGCUGGUCGAAAUAUUUUUGAUCAAGCUUGUCAAAAUUAUCCAUCAUUUGAUCAAUGGGAAGAACGAAAUCAUAUUGAAUUAUUACUUGAUGCAUUUGAUCAAGAUGAUAAAGAUUUAAUUAGUCAACGUUGUCAAAGUCCUUAUUUCAUGGCAAUUGAACCUGAAUUUGUUCGUUUAAUUAAACGAUGGAUUCGUCCAACAACAAAUAAUGUAAAUCAACAACAAACAACUAAAUCUACGACUUCAUCAACUAGUGGAACUAAACCAAUACAAUUAGAUGAUGAUGAUGAUGAUUUACGUUAA